CCUGUGGCCCCGCAACUCCCAAACGCCAAGUUUUCGCGGGAAAAAAAUCAGAGCAGCUGGCAGCGCAGCGGGCAGUGGUGGCCGUCCGGGCGCUCGGGAUCGCACACACGUCUGCGCAGGGUCCUGGCCACACACGCGGCUCCUCUGCCAUCCUCAGAAGGGCCAGCGCGCAAGCAGCUCCAGCAGGCACCAUGUGGAUCCAGGUUCGCACCAUGGACGGGAAGGUGGCCCACACCGUGGACUCCUUGUCCAGGCUGACGAAGGUGGAGGAGCUGAGAAAGAAGAUCCAGGAGCUAUUCCACGUGGAGCCAGGCCUGCAGAGGCUUUUCUACCGGGGCAAGCAGAUGGAGGACGGCCACACGCUGUUUGACUAUGACGUCCGCCUGAACGACACCAUCCAGCUCCUGGUCCGGCAGAGCCUUGUGCUACCCGUCCCUGUUCCCGGCAGCAGCAGUGGAAUCAAGGAGAGGGACUCUGAGCUCUCGGACACAGACUCUGGCUGCGGCCUGGCCCAGAGCGAGUCGGACAAGUCCUCCAACAGCGGUGAGGCCGCCAACGAGCCAGAAGGGAAGGCAGACGAGGAUGAGAGUGAUGAGACGGAGCUGGGCCUCUACAAGGUCGGCGAGUAUGUGGAUGCGAGGGACACGAAUAUGGGCGCAUGGUUCGAGGCCAAGGUCAUCAGGGUAACGAGGAAGGCUCGGGCUCACGACCAGCCCAGCAGCUCCAGCUCAAAGCCAGAGGACGACAUCAUCUAUCAUGUGAAAUACGAUGACUACCCAGAGAACGGAGUGGUCCAGAUGACCUCACAGAAUGUCCGGGCUCGAGCCCGACACACCAUCAAGUGGGAGGACCUGCAGGUGGGCCAGGUGGUCAUGGUCAACUACAACCCAGACCUCCCCAAGGACCGUGGCUUCUGGUACGAUGCUGAGAUCCUGCGGAAACGUGAGACCAGGACGGCACGGGAGCUGCAUGCCAACGUCAGGAUCGGGGGUGAUUCUCUCAAUGACUGUAGGAUUGUCUUCGUGGACGAAGUUUUCAAGAUCGAGCGUCCGGGCGAGGGGAACCCCAUGGUGGAAAACCCGAUGAGAAGGAAGAGCGGGCCCUCCUGCAAACACUGUAAGGAUGAUGAGCGGAAGCUAUGCCGCAUGUGUGCCUGCCACAUGUGUGGGGGCAAGCAGGACCCCGACAAGCAGCUGAUGUGCGACGAGUGUGACAUGGCCUUCCACAUCUACUGCCUAAGCCCACCACUCAGCAGCGUGCCCCCUGAGGAGGAGUGGUACUGCCCCGACUGCCGGAUCGACUCCAGCGAGGUGGUGCAGGCGGGCGAGAAGCUGAAGGAGAGUAAGAAGAAGGCGAAGAUGGCGUCGGCCACAUCGUCCUCGCAGCGGGACUGGGGCAAGGGCAUGGCGUGUGUGGGCCGCACCAAGGAAUGCACCAUCGUGCCGUCCAACCACUUCGGCCCUAUCCCGGGCAUCCCUGUGGGUACCAUGUGGAGGUUCCGAGUCCAGGUCAGCGAGUCAGGGGUCCAUCGACCUCACGUGGCGGGUAUCCAUGGCCGGAGCAACCACGGGGCCUACUCCUUGGUCCUGGCUGGAGGGUAUGAGGAUGAUGUGGACCAUGGGAACUCGUUCACGUACACAGGUAGCGGUGGACGAGACCUUUCUGGAAACAAGCGGACUGCAGAACAGUCUUGUGAUCAGAAACUCACCAACACCAACAGGGCCCUGGCUCUUAACUGCUUUGCCCCCAUCAACGACCUCAAAGGGGCCGAAGCCAAGGACUGGCGGUCGGGGAAGCCAGUCCGCGUGGUGCGGAACGUCAAGGGCCGCAAGCACAGCAAGUAUGCGCCCAUCGAGGGCAACCGGUACGACGGCAUCUACAAGGUUGUCAGGUACUGGCCCGAGAAGGGCAAGUCUGGCUUCCUGGUGUGGCGCUUCCUCCUCCGUCGAGAUGACGUGGAGCCGGGGCCCUGGACCAAGGAGGGCAAGGACCGGAUCAAGAAGCUGGGGCUGACCAUGCAGUACCCGGAGGGCUACCUGGAGGCCCUGGCCAGAAAGGAGAAGGAGACCAGCAAGCGGGCAGCCCUGGACAAGGAGGAGGAGGACGGGGAGGAGGGCUUCACAUCCCCCAGGAAGGGCAAGCGGAAGAGCAAGUCGGCCGGAGGUGACGGGUCCUCGCAAGGGACGCCCAAGAAGACCAAGGUGGAGCCCUACAGCCUCACCACCCAGCAGAGCAGCCUCAUCAAGGAGGACAAGAGCAACAUGAAGCUGUGGACCGAGAUCCUGAAGUCGCUCAAGGACGGGCCGAAAUUCCUGAGCAAAGUGGAGGAGACGUUCCAGUGCAUCUGCUGCCAGGAGCUGGUGUUCCGCCCGAUCACCACCGUGUGCCAGCACAACGUGUGCAAGCCUUCAUCACAGGUGCCCAUUGCCCUGCCACCACCCUGAGCCUCCAGCCACACUGGCCCUCUGCUGUGCCCUCAACAGGCCGGUGCGUGCCUACCUUCCCUGGGGGUCACACACUGGUCUUCUCCAGCAUCUUACUGCCUGGGUGGGAGAGGUGGGAGAGGAUGGGCUGUUGUCCUGCUCUGCCGUCUGGUCAUACUAAAUGAUUUAAGUGGGCCUCAGGCAGGGCUGGAGAGGUGUGAGGCACUUAUCACCUAGAGGAGCUGGGAGGAAAGCUUCCUGGAGGAUGAGGUGGCGCUAACCUGCCCCCUGAGAGGGGCCUCGGGGCAGCAUCCCUGGUAGGCAGGAUCAGGCAGGCUCAUGGGAGUAGCCAGGGCCUGUGGGGGAUGAGGGCUAGUGAGUGGGGCUGGAGCCUUCAGCCAGUGGUCAGUUUUAGGAGGGAAGCAGUCUCCAAUCUGAUGCUUUUGAAAGAGAGAUUGGGAGAGGCUGAGAUGGGUCCUGGACCAGGGUCUCCCCACUUUGGGGCUGGAUUGUCCUCUAUCAUGGGGGUGUCCUGGGAGCUGAGCAGCAUCCCUGGCCCCACCUACUUGGUCCCGGGUGUCCCCCGAGUUGGGAAGUACUGGGCUGCAUGUACGGCAUCUUUGGCGUGCCUUCUGGCCAGAGUUAGUCUGUAGGAACCUACGGGCAGUGCAGGCAGGUAGCUCAGAAGGGACUGUCCCUGCCACCUGCUCACUCUGGGUCGCUGCGCUGCGUCCAGGGCAUUGGGUCAGUUGUCAGACCAGGGGAGGGACCCUGAGAACGUGGAGCACUUGGGCAGUACCCAUGUGCUAUGUGGCCUGAUGGAGACUGGGAAAGAUACCCUCUGGUGCCCCAGGCCACAUGGGGCCCAAGGGGUUCAGAGGCUUGGCAGAGUGGCAUAGAGAGCACAUCUUUGGGAUCAGUUGCCUGGGUUUGACCUCCAACUCUUCUCCUUUCUGGCUGUGUGACUUUAAAAAGCCCCAUAACCAGAUCUUUCCCAUCUUCUCAAACUGAAACUCUGUCCCUGUUAAACACUGACUCCCAGCCCCUGGCCCCACUCUCUAUUGAUACUUACUGUUUCUGUGGAUCUGACUUCUCCAGGGGACGUCUGUGAGUGGCAUCAGACAGUGUGUGUCCUUCUGGGUCUGGCUUCUGUCCUGGAGCGUCAGGUUCAGGGCUCACCCGUGUUGUCCAGUGGGUGAGAAUCUCCUUCCGUGUGAAGGCUGAGUCACACUGAAGCAUGCAGAUGGACCACGUUGUGUUGAUCUAUCAUCUGUGAGUGAGCUCUAGGUGUUUCCACCUCUUGGCCACUGUGAAGCUCGCAGCAGUCCAGCACCUGAUUUUGAACCUGAGUCAGCGCAUUGAGUGCAAAGUUACUGUCUCUUGUGUCUGCCAUCAGCUAUAGACUUUAUACUGGAAAAGAACACAGGGAUUUUUAAAUACAGGAGCCACUGUAUUUUUUGUAUUUUUUAAUACAAAAGCCACUGCCCUCCUCCAGCGGCAGCAGGUUUUCUCCUGCUUGGUGUUGCCCCUUACCCAGCCGCCUGGUGCCAUCCUUCAGGUGUGCAUACCUGUGCAGGUGUCUACGCCCCUGUGGGCAUCAUCUCCGGCCUGUUCCUCUUAUGGGGCGGUCAGCUCUCCAGGUCCCCUCAGGCUUGCAGCUCGGUCUCCACACUUGACUCUUCCUCCCCACACCACCCUCCGAGUUGUUUGGUUGACGACCGUGUUCGAACCCAGAAGUCUGGCUCAGAAUCCAAACUCCAUCCUUCCCUCCCUUUCCUCCUGUCUUCUCACCAACACAUCUUUAUUGAGCCUCUGCUCUAUGCUGGGUCCUAUGCUUGGUGUGGGGAACUCAGGGAGACACAGCCCCUAAUUGUGGGGAGCGUCUGCUCCGUUAACACACAAGCACAUCAGUCUAUCAGACAGUUCCAGAAGGAGAAAGGUGCUGUUUUGAAAGCAGACAGGGUGUGGUGAGGUGGGGCCAUUCUGAUGUGAUGAGAGAGCCAGGGUAGACCUGCCAAGUGGUGUGACCUCCAGGUGCAGGAGCCUGGCAGCCAGGAUGACCUGGGAGUCUCUCUUUUUUUUUUUCGGCCACACUGAGCGAUCACCUUGUAGGAUCUUAACUCCCUGACCAGAGAUUGAACGUGGGCCCUUGGCAGUGAGAGUGCAGAGUCCUGACCACUGGACCACUGGGAAGUUCCAACCUUGGUGUCUUUGAUGAGCCUGGGGCAGCCGGGCCGGUCAUGGGCUGCCAGCAGUGGAAAAUGAGACUGAGGGUCAGGAGGGGCCUCUGGGUGCCUGGUGCUGCCCCAGGGGCCUUGGGUGGCCAGGAUCACCUCUCACCUGCCCCCUCUC